AAGCUGAGGAGCUAAGCCACUUGCCAAAAUGUGCAAAGGACUUGCAGCCUUGCCCCACUCAUGUCUGGAAAGGGCCAAGGAGAUUAAGAUCAAGUUGGGAAUUCUCCUCCAGAAGCCGGAAUCUGCCAUUGACCUUGUCAUUCCAUACAAUGAGAAGCCGGAGAAGCCAGCCAAGACCCAGAAACCCUCGCUGGACGAGGCCCUGCAGUGGCGUGAUUCCCUGGACAAGCUCCUGCAGAACAAUUAUGGACUUGCCAGCUUCAAAAGUUUCCUGAAGUCUGAAUUCAGUGAGGAGAAUCUUGAGUUCUGGAUGGCCUGUGAAGAUUACAAGAAGAUCAAGUCCCCUGUCAAGAUGGCUGAGACGGCAAAGAAAAUUUAUGAAGAAUUCAUCCAAGCAGAGGCUCCUAAAGAGGUGAAUAUUGAUCACUUCACGAAGGAAAUCACAGUGAAGAAUUUGGUGGAGCCUUCCCCAAGUAGCUUUGAUGUGGCCCAGAAAAGAAUCCAUGCUCUGAUGGAGAAGGAUUCGCUGCCUCGCUUUGUGCGCUCUGAAUUUUAUCAGCAGUUCAUCAAGUAGCAAUGCAAUCAGGCUGUGAGAAUCAUCCUGAGAGUUAUUUCAUCCAUAAUCACCCUGCACUUUGCAGCAACCCACAUAUCUUCCUGUAGCAGCUUGCUCAAAGAUUCUGAGAUGGAAAACCCCAGGGAGGGUUGCUUACUCUUUUGCCCACAUUGUUUUGGAAGAUUAUCUAUUGCCCCAAUGUCUUCCUUUUCCAGUGUCCCCUUCCUGCUCGCAUUCCCAACUAAGCUCUACACUUGUAGGUUGUUAUGAAACUCAGUAAGAACAACAGAAAAACUCUACUUAGGGAAAUA